CAGUUCUGCUGAAAUCGAUGACGAGGUUACACUAAGUUUUUUCUGCUUCCAAGAAAAACAAAAUUUUCAAAAAGUGAAUAUCCAAAUAAUGGACAUUGGGCAAUACGCUAAAAAAACAAGCCAAGGUUCAACAUACUUUAUGACUUCUCAGGUGGGAUUUUACCCUUUUCGUCACGAAUCCGGUUUGGAGACUAUUCGAACUCCUGUAUGCCCUGUGCGAAACCAGAUGAGUGGCGGAGGUUUACUCAGAAUUGAACAGAACGUACCAGUGAAACCAGUAGCGUUUAUCAAUUUGAAUGAAAAUGGUAAUAUUUGUAUAAGAAGUCCAGACGGUCUUGGCGAAGUCCGUCAGGAGAAUCAAGUUCAAGAUGUUGCUUUAGCAAUUGAAAGAAUUCAACAACAAUCGAGGGCGGAGGCCGAAGCUGAAGUCGCGAAAUCCGGUGUACCGGAUCUGGGCUACUUGACUCGAAAGAGGGGCAGACCAAGAAAGAGUGUUCCCACUAAGAGACCUUUCCUGGAAGAAAGUGCAAUUCCUCCACCACCGCCUCUCAUUCAUGUUCAACCACCGUAUUUAAAAUAUCCAGGGACCAAUCCUCUGUCUCCUGAAUCAACUUCGCCAGAUUCGCAAGUAUCUUCGCCUUCUUCGCCAUCUUCAACGAAUCUCUCAGAGCCACCCUCACCGGUCAGUGUUGACCCAAGAAAACGUUAUAUCGCUGAAAAACUGCAGAGAAAGGAUUCUCCAGUUGAUGCAGUUGAUCUUACCACAAAAACAAGCCGUCCUUUGGUAUGUUCCAUCUGCACGGAUCCCUUCAGCUCUGAGAAUAUUCUUGAAUUACAUUUGAAAAAUUGUCAUGGAAUUGACUCGCAUUCGAAAAAGAAUGAUUUAUCGGCAGAGAUGAAUGACCUAGAAGAAAUCUCUGGUUGUCUCUCUUCGGCCUUUCGAAAGUGUGUCGAUGCAUUUCGUACCGCAUCAACUAGGAUAGCUAACCCUCAAGAAAGUAUGGACUUUGCCGCUGAAUUAGCGACAGAGUGCGCCGAAAGAAUAUGCUCUAUUCUAAGAAAUAGCACAGGUACAAAUGGUACCUUCGUACAACUCAUGCGCCACAUUGUUACAGCAGCAGUUAUGCGGUUAUUAGAAACUCCAAAAUUAGGUCUCGAUCGUGAGGUUAUCUAUAGAAAAGCGUCGAGAGAUAAAUUAUUGGCAAAUUUCUGUCAGGCCUUUGUUCAGACUGUACCUGAUUUAUUAAGAAUGCAAGAAAAAAGAAAAUUCGGAAAGAUGGCCCAAGAACAACACAUUACAUCAACAAUAGAUGAACCGAGGGGUAACAGUAUAUUAAGAGCACUUUAAAAAAUAAUAAAAAUAAUAAUAAUAAUAAAUACAUCUAUAUAUAUAUAUAUAUAUAUGUAUGUAUGUAUAUGUAGAUAAACAUGUAAAUGUUUUUUUUUUAUAAAAAACAAAAAAAAGUGAUUGUUAACCGUAGUGUUGGAUCCAGUUAAAAAAAAAUAAGUUACGAAAAUGUUAACAGAAUGCCGUAUUAGAUUAGAUAUUUUAAAUAUAAUUCCGAAAAGCCGCAAUCUGUUUUUUUUGUUAACACUUGAUUAAAUUUAAUGUGAGAUGUGAUGGUAUAUAUAUAUAUAUUAGUAUAUAUAUACUUAUAUACAUUAAACUGUAAUACUUGUAUUUACGUGCU